AUGUCUGAAAGAAUUUCUAUUGGAAAUACUGAAGACAAAUGCUUGAAACGCAAAAUGAUUGAAGAAUCAGAGAUAGAACUGAGCAAAAUGAUUGAAGAAUCAGAGAUAGAACUGAGAAAGGAAUCGAAAAACAUUGCACCAAAUUCUCAAGCUGAUCAAGAGAAGGGCAAAAUGGUUGAAGAGGUGGAGCCAAAACUGGAUAACGAAUCCAAGGUAUUAGCACCAUCAACUGGAUCUAAAGAUUUAUUGACUCCAAGGCUUGAUAAUAACACCAAGCCAACUUCCAAUCUGUUGCAGAAUGGUGAACAUUCAAGUUCAUCUGAAAACGUUAUUGCUGGAGUUUUACCUAAGGAAGUAAAGGAAUUUCCUUGUCAAUUUUGUGACAAGAAGUUCACAAAUUUGCAAGCUCUCGGUGGUCACCAAAACGCUCAUAAGAAUGAACGUAACUCAAAAAAAAAUAAACAACAAAGGAGGGAGGAGACAAUCGUUUCCCCCCAAAGGUUUCAACUUACUUAUUCAAACCCUUAUAGUUAUUCACGGCCUAGUCACUCUCAAGGGUCUUCAUAUUUUCGUAGCAUGCAACAACCCAUUGGCACUCAUGUGGACAAUACCACGCCAUCUAGGCUUGGUUUUCCAUUCGGUAACUACGGAGGGAUGUAUAUGCCAAAUACACCCUCCUCCCCGCCACCUCCAUUUGUAAUGCCAAUGCCAAAGUCACCCCCUGCAAUACCACAAUUUAGGAUGAAUAAUUAUUUUGGUGGAAAUCAAACUCCUGUACUGCCAGUUCUUCAAAGGCCAAACAUUGUGGAAUUGGAUUUUUUUGGUCAAGCUAAUCAAACCCAUUCAUCUGAUGAGGGUGUAGAAGGAAGUUCCAAUGCUCGAUUUCCUUCUCAUGAUCUUCCAAUAACACAUGAUUUUAUUGGAGAAAAUCAACUUCCAGAAGAGUUCAAUGUGCCUUCUUCAUCAACUGUGGACGAACUCGACUUAAAUCUCAAACUUUAA